AUGGGGAAGCCAAAAUAUCUAAAGAAGAAGCAGGAAGCAGCGGCAGCGGCGGAACAGCCGCAGCAGCAAAAAUUGUCGGAGUUGCGGGCCAAUGCUGAAGAAGAAGAGCCUCAGAGUUCAGGGGCCAUGGUGUCUUUUGCAAAUCCCGUAUUUCGUGAUGGCGUAAGCGACAUCCUUGUUGAAAAGAUUGACAUCAGCUAUCAAGGUGUGUCCAUUCUAGAGAACGCGACGCUAAACCUUGUGGCUGGGCAUCGCUACGGUCUGGUGGGAUCCAAUGGAUGUGGGAAGUCCACCUUACUGAAGGUGCUUGGGUUUAACGAGAUUCCCUUUCCAAAGCAUGUGGAUCGCUACUUUGUCUCACACGAAGUGGAAGCGUCAGAUGUCACGGCGCUUGAAGCCGUGGUGUCUGUGGACAAGGAAAAGGAACACUUAGAAAAGGAGUUGGAGGAGUUGGCACUUGCAGACCAGGAAGACGCGGCGGUGAACGUGCGCAUGGACGACAUUUACAAGAGACUGGAUGAACUUGACGCCGACACGUCGGAGGCACGUGCAGGAAAAAUUUUGUUUGGCUUGGGGUUCACACCGGAGAUGCAACGGCGGCCAACGAAGUCGUUUUCUGGUGGCUGGCGCAUGCGUAUCUCAUUGGCGCAAGCUCUCUUUAUUAACCCGACGGUCCUCCUGCUGGACGAGCCCACAAAUCACCUUGACAUUGAGGCCGUGGUGUGGCUCGAGAGUUAUCUCUCCAAGUUCAAAAAAAUUCUCUUUAUGGUGUCUCAUUCGCAGGAUUUUAUGAAUAACGUUUGCACAAAAGUGGCUCACAUGGGCCGUGGCAGACUGGCAUACUAUGAUGGCAAUUACGACCAGUACUGUAUUACACGCGCGGAGAAGGAGAGCAACCAGAUGCGUCAGUUUCAGUGGGAGCAGAAUCAAAUUAAAAGUAUGAAGGAAUAUAUCGCCCGAUUUGGGCAUGGCAGUGCUAAACUUGCUCGACAGGCGCAGUCCAAGGAGAAAACGCUUGCCCGUAUGGUGCGUGGUGGCCUCACCGAGUCCGUAGCCAAAGAUCGGCAAGUAAACUUUGGAUUUCCCUGCGCCGGUCCACUACCACCACCGAUGCUGCAAUUUCGUGAGGUUUCCUUUGCCUACCCUGGCCACAAACCUCUCUUUGAGGAUCUUGAACUUGGAAUCGACAUGGAGUCGCGCAUCUGCCUUGUAGGUCCCAAUGGUGCUGGCAAAACGACACUGACAAAAUUGAUGUGUCGGGAACUGGAGCCAACUUCGGGUUAUGUGGCCAAGAACGCACACUGUGUAAUUGCCCGCUUUCACCAGCAUUUUGUAGACCAAAUUGACAUGUCCCUAACCCCGCUUGAAUGGAUGGGUCACGAAUAUCCCACUAUCUCCGACCCAACUAUUCUGCGCAGUGCCCUCGGACGUUUCGGGGUCUCUGGCAAGAUGCAAAUGACGCCCAUGUCUACGCUCUCAGAUGGGCAGAAGUCACGCGUGGUGUUUGCGUGGAUGGCAUUUAAAACUCCCCACCUAAUGAUUCUUGACGAGCCGACUAACCACCUGGAUAUUGAGUCUAUAGACGCCUUGGCGGACGCAGUCAACUGCUUUGAGGGGGCUGUCGUGGUGGUGUCACACGAUCUCCGUCUCAUUGCGCAGAUUGCGGAUGAGAUUUGGAUUGUGGACAAGGGCAACUGCCGCAAGUUUGAUGGCGACAUUGCUGACUAUAAGGAGCACGUCCAGCGUGAGGUGAACCGCAUGACGGAGGACUACGCCACACGAAAGUAA